AUGGCACCAGGAAACCAUUGCACAGUGGCUGAAUUCAUCCUGACUGGGCUCUCAAAAAAGCCAGAACUACAGAUGCCCCUGUUCCUCCUCUUCCUUGGGAUCUAUGUUGUCACUGUGGUUGGGAAUCUGGGCAUGAUCACACUGAUUGGGCUCAGUUCCUACCUGCACACCCCCAUGUACUAUUUCCUUGCCAGUUUAUCCUUCAUAGAUCUCUGCCAUUCUACAGUCAUUGCCCCCAAAAUGCUGGUGAACUUUGUGAUUGAGAAGAACUUCAUCUCCUACACUGGAUGCAUGACACAGCUCUAUUUCUUCCUUAUUUUUGCCAUUGCAGAAUGUCACAUGUUGGCUGCAAUGGCAUAUGAUCGCUAUGUUGCUAUCUGUAACCCCUUACUUUACAAUGUAAUCAUGUCCUAUCCUAUUUACAGUUCCCUGAUUUCAGUGGUGUAUAUUAUUGGUGUGAUUUGUGCAUCAGCUCACACAGGCUUCAUGAUCAAAGUUCAGUUCUGUAAUUUAGAUGUGAUCAAUCACUAUUUCUGUGAUCUACUUCCUCUCCUGAAGCUUGCUUACUCCAAUACUUCUGUUAAUGAGUUGUUGAUUCUAUGUUUUGGUACGUUUAACAUCGUUGUCCCAACUAUGACAAUUUUUACUUCUUACAUCUUCAUCAUUGCCACCAUCCUCCGUAUUCGUUCUACUGAUGGUAGGUCCAAAGCCUUCAGUACCUGUAGCUCCCACAUCUGUGCAGUCACUGUGUUCUUUGGGUCUGCUGCAUUCAUGUACUUACAGCCAUCAUCAGUCAGCUCCAUGGACCAAGGGAAAGUGUCCUCUGUGUUUUAUACCAUUGUUGUGCCCAUGCUGAACCCCUUGAUCUAUAGCCUAAGGAAUAAAGAUGUCAGUGUUGCCCUGAAGAAAAUACUAGAUAGAAAAUCAUUCCUGUAA